AUGCCAAGAAAUGAUUUGACACUUUCUAGCAAAAUUGCUUUGCUAGAUAAAAUAAAAAGCCAGCCACCUAAUACAAGUUAUCGCCGGCUCGCUGAGAUAACUGGAGUACCAAAAUCUACCAUAUCGCGUGUCUUACGACAAGAAAGUCAACUGCGUGAGGAAUUGGUUUUACAAGAAGGACAAGCAGGAACAUCCAAAAGGAAACGCGAGGGGAAGGAUCCAGACGUCGAAGAAGCACUAGAUCAAUGGUUUUCUAUUGUUAGUGGCAGAGGCGUAAAUAUCAACGGCCCGAUAUUGAAGGCGAAGUCAGAGGAGUUAGCUAAAAAACUGGGCCGCAAUGAUUUCAAAGCAACUGACGGGUGGUUAUCGCGAUGGAAAACAAGACACAACAUUAAAUUUAAAAAAGCGCACGGUGAAAAGGGCAGUGCCGACAAGGAAAGUUCCGAACAGUGGAAAACUACGAAAAUUCCUACUUUUUUAGAGAAUUUUUGUGCUGAUGACAUUUACAAUGCUGAUGAAACCGGCCUCUAUUAUCGUGCUACGCCAGACGGUUCCUUAUGCUAUAAACACAUUGCACUGACUGGUUAUAAAAAGGCGAUGGACCGCAUUACUGUGUUAUGCUGUACAAAUAUGUCAGGUACUGACAAACGAAAGCUACUGAUCAUAGGAAAAAGUGCUAGACCUCGAUGCUUUAAGGGGUUGAGCAUGGAGGGUUUACCAGUGGAGUACCAUGCAAACAAAAAUGCGUGGAUGACUUCUGAAAUUUUUCGAAAUUGGCUUACCAGUUGGGACCGAAAUUUACAACAUAAAAAAAGAAAAAUUUUGCUGAUUGUUGACAAUUGUGCGGCACACCCUCAUUUAGACAAUCUACAAAAUAUACAGCUGGAAUUUCUUCCUCCUAAUACCACAUCUUUAAUGCAACCAAUGGACAUGGGGGUAAUAAAAAAUUUUAAGACUUUGUAUCGUGGGAAAUUGGUUAAUUACAUAUUAGAAUCCAUUGAUGAAAAUUUAUUAACAACUUCCACAACAGCCAGAGAGAUAAGUUCAAAAAUUUCCCUUUUGCAAGCAAUACAGUUUGUCGCUGAUAGUUGGCGAGCUAUAAAAGCCACUACAAUACAGAACUGUUUUACUAAUUGUGGCUUUAAACCCUUAGAAAUUUCCGAAAAUUUAAGCAACGAAGAAAAUGAGGAUAUGUUGCAAGUUCCUAUUUGUAUUAACUAUGAAGAAUUUUCAACAAUAGAUAACAAUUUACCAUGUUACGAUGAUAAUGAAAACUGUGAGGAUUCAAUCGUAGAAGGUAUUAAAUCAAAACAUGGAAAAUUAGACGAAGAUGACGAUGAUGAUGAUGAGUCACCUGUGCCUGUGACUAACCAGGAAGCAAAAAAAUGUAUUGCCACGUUACAGCGUUAUUUUAUGCAGGAAGGAAAUGAAGGGAGCCCUGCAUCCGCACUUUAUUACAAUUAUUAG